CUUCGUUCAGAUAAAUCAGGUGAAGGCAGAAGGUGUUUGAGCUGACCUGAGUCCAGCAGCAUGGAUCGGAGUGAGGGUGGAGAGAAAGGAGGUCCUCCCUCUGAAACCCCUCUAGGUGGAGAACACGAGGAGCAGAGCAAAGAUCAGAGGUGAGAAGAUCAAAACAAAUCUGACCCUGAGCCCAGCUGUGUGUCCCUCAAAAGUAACCUUUCUAAGGAUUUUGUUACUGAUUUUAAAGCAGUCCAGCCUUCUGCUUCCAAAAGAGUGGACCAGCAGAGCUCAGAUGGUUCCAGUGGUCAGUCUAUCCAGCAGCAUGAAACACAUCUGGACUCCGUAUUUAUGCUGCUGAAGGACAACAUGGUCACCUUUGUGAAGAACGAGCUGACGAAGAUCCAGAAGCUUCUGAGUUCAGAUUACCAAGACUCUUCAGUGAGUCAGAGUGAGGAUGAAGAGCAGAGGAGCAGCAAAGAGGCACUUGUACAGAUCACACUGAACUUCCUGAGGAUGAUGAAGCAGGAGGAACUGGCCGACUGUCUGCAGAGCAAACAUUUGGCUCCAGUUUGUCAACACAGACACAAAUCUUAUCUGAAUAAGAAGGCCCAGUGUGUGUUUGAGGGGAUUGCUAAAGCAGGAAACCCAAGCCUCCUGAGUCAGAUCUACACCGAGCUCUACAUCACAGAGGGGGGAACUGGAGAGGUCAAUGAUGAACAUGAGGUCAGACAGAUUGAACGAGCAUCCAGGAAACCACACAGACCUGAAACAACAAUCAGACAAGAAGACAUCUUUAAACUCCCACAUGGAAGGCAUGAACCAAUCAGAACGGUGGUGACGAAGGGCGUGGCUGGCAUCGGGAAGACAGUCCUGACUCAGAAGUUCACUCUGGACUGGAGUAAAAACAAAACCAACCAAAACAUCCGGUUCAUAUUUCCAUUCACGUUCAGAGAGCUGAAUGUGCUGAAAGACAAAAAGUUCAGCUUGGUGGGACUUGUUCAUCACUUUUUUACUAAAACCCAAGAAAUCUCCAGGUUUGAAAAAUUAGCGGUUCUGUUCAUCCUCGAUGGUCUGGACGAGUGUCGACUUCCUCUGGACUUCCACAACAAUCAGAUCCUGACUGAUGCUACAGAGUCCACCUCAGUGGAUGUGCUGCUGACAAACCUCAUCUGGGGGAACCUGCUUCCUUCUGCUCGCCUCUGGAUAACCACACGACCUGCAGCAGCCAAUCAGAUCCCUGCUGAAUGUGUUGGCAUGGUGACAGAGGUCAGAGGCUUCACUGACCCACAGAAGGAGGAGUACUUCAGGAAGAGAUUCAGAGAUGAGGAGCAGGCCAGCAGGAUCAUCUCCAACAUCAAGACAUCGCGAAGCCUCCACAUCAUGUGCCACAUCCCGAUCUUCUGCUGGAUCACUGCUACAGUUCUGGAGGACGUGUUGAAAACCAGAAAGGGAGGAGAGCUGCCCAACACCCUGACUGAGAUGUACAUCCACUUCCUGGUGGUUCAGACCAAUGUCAAGAAGGUCAAGUAUGAUGGAGGAGCUGAGACAGAUCCACACUGGAGUCCAGCGAGCAGGAUGAUGAUUGAAUCUCUGGGGAAACUGGCUUUUGAGCAGCUGCAGAAAGGAAACCUGAUCUUCUACGAGUCAGACCUAACAGAGUGUGGCAUCGAUAUCAGAGCAGCUUCCGUGUACUCAGGAGUGUUUACAGAGAUCUUUAAAGAGGAGAGAGGGCUGUACCAGGACAAGGUGUACUGCUUCGUCCACCUGAGUGUCCAAGAGUUUCUGGCUGCUCUUCAUGUCCAUCUGACCUUCUUCAACUCUGGGGUCAACUUGAUCGAAGAACAAGCACAUUCUAAGUUGUCUAAAAUCGUACACAAGUUAAAGCCAAAAGAUUUCUAUCAGAGUGCUGUUAAUAAGACCUUACAGAGUCCAAAUGGACACCUGGAUCUGUUCCUCCGCUUCCUCCUUGGACUGUCACUGCAGACCAAUCAGGCUCUCCUAAGAGGCCUCCUGAUACAAACAGAAAGUGGCUCACAGGACAAUAUGGAAACAGUUCAAUAUAUUAAGAAGAAAAUCCACAAGAGUUCAUCUGCAGAGAAAAGCAUCAACCUUUUCUACUGUCUGAAUGAGCUAAACUAUCGUUCUCUUGUAGAGGAGAUCCAACAGUCUCUCAGGUCAGGAAGUCUCUCUGCAGAUAAACUGUCUACUUGUCAGUGGUCAGCGCUGGUCUUCAUCUUAAUGUCACCAGAAAAUCUGGAUGUGCUUGACUUGAAGAGAUAUUCUGCUUCAGACAAGGCUCUUCUAAGGCUUCUGCUGGUGAUUAAAGCCUCCAACAAAGCUCUACUUGCUGACUGCAACCUCUCGGAGAAAAGCUGUAAAGCUCUGGCGUCAGUUCUCCGCUCCCAGUCUUCUCAUUUGAGAGAGCUGGACCUGAGCAACAACAACCUGCAGGAUUCAGGAGUGGAGCUGCUGUCUUCUGGAUUGAUGAGUCCACACUGCAAACUGGAAAGGCUUAGACUUCAGUUCUGUGAGAUUUCAGGGAGAACUUGUAAAGUUCUGUCUUCAGUUCUCAGCUCCCCGUCCUGUAGUCUGAUGGAGAUCGACCUGCGUAACAACAACCUGCAGGACUCAGGCGAGUUGCUGUCAAGUGGACUGGACAGAUCAAACUGGACUCUUGAAAUUUUCAGGGGGGAAUCUGCUGGGGUUCGAUGGUUGAAACCAGGUCUGAGGGAAUAUUCCUUCCAACUCAAAAUCAACAAAGACACAGUAAACAGAAAGCUCAAACUGUCUGACAACAGGAAGGUGAUGCGUGUGGAGCAGGACUUGCCUUACGCCGACCACUGCGACAGGUUUGACUUCGAUCCUCAGCUGCUGUGUAAAAACCCCCUGACCGGCCGUUGUUACUGGGAGGUGGAGUGGCGAGGAAAAGUAUCAGUAUCUGUGAGUUACAGAGGAAUCAGCAGGAGUGGAGGCAGUGAUGACUGCGUCUUUGGAUCCAACUCUCAGUCCUGGAGUCUGAACUGCUCCGAUGACGGUCAUUUCUCUGCCUGGCACAACAACAAGGAAACACCCAUCUCCUCCUCGGUCUCCAACAGAGCAGCCGUGUAUUUGGACUGUUUUGAUAACAUCCUGUCUUUCUACAGCGUCUCCUCCAACUCACUGAUCCACCUCCAUACCUUCAAUGACUUAUUCGUUGAACCGUUGUAUCCAGGAUUUGCACUCUUGUCCUCUGGUUCCUCGGUGUCUUUGUGUUCAGAAUAG